AUGGAGCUGCGUAUCCUCUCUCUAUUCACAAUGAGCAUCCUUCUCUGCUGCAGUAUUGCUCAUUUCAUAUUCAAGAGGAGUGAGGUUAUGUCCAAACGCGGGUAUUGCCCAGAGUUUCAUGUUCCCUGCCCUUUUGUCCUCGUGCCCAAAUGCAAGCGUGAUAGAGGCUGCAAGGGGUCCAAAAAGUGUUGUUUCUACUACUGUCAGAUGCGCUGUGUGGACCCCUGGGAGAGUUUGGAUUAG